GAGAGUUUCUAUAUAAGACGACGCCUGGUGUUCCAUGUAUCAGUCAAGUGUUGACCAAAGCUUCAAUAUGAAAUCACUCGCAAUCCUCGCUGUCGCUUUCUUCGGAUGCGUUAUAUCCCAGGGAGGGGGAGGCGCAAACUUCGACCAGAUCUUCAACAGAUACGCCGGAAGUGACAACCAGUUCUCUCAAGCCGAGUUCAGCAGGUUUUGGCUUCACUUUGACGAUGAUGCUGACGGUGAUGUGACCAAACAAGAAUUUGACCAGGGCUGGAGACAAGAAGGCUUCCCCAACCCACAGAACGCCCCACUUUUCUUCCUCGAGUUGGACAGAGUCGCCGAUGAGGUUCUCAACGCCCAAGACUUCCCACACAUCUUCCAUCUCUUCGAUGAGGAUGGCAACGGAUCCAUUUCUGAGAGAGAAUUCAGAUUUAACUGGAAUGCCUAUUUCGACUAAACCGGAUUGAUUUUUCUAAUAUGGAUAAUUGCAAUGAUCUUAUAAAUUUAAAAAAUGUUAUAUAAAAUAUAAUUUUCUGUAAUAAAAUUAUUUUUAAC